CAUGCGCACGGGUGUCAGCUGGGCGCCUAGGCGUAAGCAUCAUGGCGGCGUCCACUCGUAGCGUGCAGUGCGCUUUGCGUAGAGCGAUAGCUCCGUCUUUGGUGGUGAUUUUAGGAGCUACCGGCACCGGCAAAUCCAAGCUGGCGAUCGAGAUCGGAAAACGGCUUCGAGGAGAAAUAAUCAGCGCCGACUCCAUGCAGGUGUACCAGGGUCUGGACAUCAUCACCAAUAAGGUGACAGCUGAGGAGCUCUCCCAGUGCAGACAUCACAUGAUCAGCUUUGUGGACCCACUUGUUAGCAGCUACACGGUGGUGGACUUCAGAAACAAAGCCCUGUCUCUAAUAGAUGACAUGCACAGCAGAAACAAACUGCCAAUCAUUGUUGGGGGAACAAAUUAUUACAUUGAGUCUCUGCUGUGGAAAGUCCUGCUGGAUACAGGGCAGGAAAAUGAAGAGUUAGGGGAUGGAGGAGAUGGGGCUCCACACAGGAAGUUGGAGCUGGAAAAACUUGGAGGGGCUGAGUUACACAAACGACUGGUGGAGGUGGACCCCAAAAUGGCUGCCAUGUUGCACCCCAAUGACAGACGCAAGAUUGCCAGGAGCCUGCAAAUCCAUGAGGAGACAGGUGUCCCUCAUAGUCACUGGCUGGAGGAGCAAAGGGGGCAGGAUGGAGGCAAUGGACUGGGGGGCCCACUGAGGUACCCAGACCCCUGCAUCUUCUGGCUACACGCUGACAUGGAGGCUCUAGACAAGCGGUUGGACGCUCGUGUAGAUGAGAUGUUGUCUGCAGGACUGAUAGAGGAGCUUAGAGACUUCCAUGUCUGCUACAAUCAGCAGAAAGUCCAGGAUGACAGUCAGAACUAUGAACAUGGGAUUUUCCAGUCGAUUGGUUUUAAGGAGUUUCAUGACUAUUUGACUGCUCCUGAAAGCAGCACCCAACAGGAGAAAGACACACUACGAAACAAAGGUAUAGAAGCUGUGAAGAUUGCUACAAAGCGUUACGCCCGUAAACAGAAUAAAUGGGUCCGUAACCGCUUUCUUAAACGACCUGGAGACAACGUGCCAGCGGUGUAUGGCCUGGAUGUGACGGACGUGUCGAGGUGGGAGGAGACGGUGCUGAACCCUGCACUGCAGAUACUGGGCAGUCUCAGUAAGGGUGAGGAGCCGACUAUUCUGCCAAUAAGAGUACAGGAGGCGGGGCAGAAAAAUAAACGGAACUUCCACACGUGUGAUCUGUGUGACAAAGUGAUCAUUGGUGACCUUGAGUGGACAGCUCACCUAAAGUCUAAGAAACAUCACUAUCAUGUGAGAAAGAAGAGGAGGUCUGAUCCAGCCUGUGAUCCAGUCCCAGAGUAGCGCUGCAGCUCCUGCCUCUGCAGGAGAGACUCUCUCAAAGGACACUUGUGCUCCUGUUGCCCCGGGCUGCAGUGAAACCUCUCAAGAGUCUUCCCAAGACACCAGGACAACACAUGAGGAAGUACCGGUGACAUUUUAGCAACUGUGCUGACUCUGGACUACGUAUGUUGUUUAUUCAGGUUCCCACCACUGUUCUGCACUAACUGGGUGCUUCCUUAGAGCUUUUACAGAAUCACAAAUGUGGAUGUGUUUUUCUUGUACUAAGGCUUCUGUCUUCCUUCCCAUUCAGCUCUAUUAAUUUUUCCAAAAUAUUAUUUAUAACACUUAAAUUUCAAAAGGAUGAAAGUUCUUCCAGCCCUGCAAACUCAUGACACUGAUCCUUACACGGUGAAUAACAACAAGCAGAUUAGAGACUAUUUUCUCUCCACAUUUGCACUUGUUCAUGCGUUAGCAGUAUGGAUCUUUGAAGCAGAAGCAGUCUAUGGCCAGGACAGUUCAACAUUUUGGAAAGUUAAUUUUAAAUUUUUUUCUGAAUGUGCCUUAAGUGAAGUGGCAACCUUUGAUAUAGUUGGUACUGAAUGAAAAUGUUCUAUUUUGCAAGUUCUUGCCACGUAUUAAGCCUAACUACUACGCACUUUUAACUUCUUCCAGCUGCUUUGGAAAAUAUUGAAUAAACCAAAUGAUCUUAAAAUUUCUCGACCAA